CAUCGUCGCCCCGCAAGAACUGCAGUCUCGCAAGUUGAAGAAAAUUUCCAGCAAAUAAGCCGUAUUCCGAAGCGAACGAGUUCCAUCCGGUACGAGGGGGAAGUGCGCUGCUACGACGCGAUGGGUUUGUCACACUCGAUUAGUGUACCCGGCGGGGGAACCGAGGGCUAUCACGUACUGCGGGUGCAGGACAAUUCUCCGGGGCAGAAGGCUGGGCUGGAGGCGUUUUUCGAUUUCAUCCUGGCGAUUGGGAAUACUCGACUGGACCAGGAUAAUGAUACGCUGAAGGAGCUGUUGAAGGCAAACAUUGACAAGGAAAUUCAGAUGACGGUUUUCAGCAGCAAAACGCAGAACAUUCGGGUGGUGAAUAUUAGUCCGAGCACGACCUGGGGUGGUCAGGGACUGCUGGGCGUUUCGAUCCGGUUCUGCUCGUUUGAGGGUGCUAACGAAAACGUUUGGCAUAUUUUGGAGGUGCAUCCGUCGUCGCCUGCUGAAGAAGCCGGUUUGAUUCCGUUUACGGAUUAUAUUAUUGGAGCGGAUUCAAUUCUGCACGAGAGUGAAGACCUGUUCACGUUGAUCGAAUCCCAUGAGGGACGACCGUUGAAGAUGUAUGUUUAUAAUAUUGAUCUUGAUUCUUGUCGAGAGGUCACGAUCACUGCAAACUCCAAGUGGGGUGGCGAGGGAAGUCUUGGCUGUGGAAUCGGCUACGGUUAUCUGCAUCGGAUACCAAUCCGAGUGCUUCCUUCGGCGGGAUCUGCACCCGAUGGUAAGCCUGCCGCGACCGCUCUCAGUCAACCGUUGCAGCCGGUUCCGACGUCCGGCGCGGUGCCAGCUUCAUCCGCUCAGGGUGGAGAUCCGAACGCGAACGCCGCCCAGAGGCAGAUGCCCUUCAUUCCGAUGGUCCCCCCGUUGGCCAACACGUUCGCGUCGACGACGGCCACGGCGCACACGGAUCUGUUGACCGUUUCGCAGGCAGACACGACGGCACUGGUCGGACAAUUUGCCAGCAUGAGCACCGGCACGGAUCAGGUCAACAACAACAGUGGCGCCGUCGCACCGGCUACGCCGGUCAACGCGGUUCCGUCGCCGGCCAUCAGCUUGGGCGAGACAUUCUACACGCCGCCGACGGGAGUUAAUGUGCCUCCCAUUUCACCGGCAGUGGACGCGGCCACAACGAUUCCCGCCUCGACCGCCACCAUCCCGAUGUACCCACCGCAGAUUCCGUACUCAUCGGCGGCCAACACCACCCUGGUCAACAUGUCCUACCCGACCGUGGCCAGCUCCGUCACCGGUCCGCCACCCACGACCGUCCCAACGGUCAAUCCGAACGUGUUUGCUUCCAGCGUUCCACCGCCGUCGUCGCUGGCCAGCGAUUUUUACCAAACCUACGGAGCGUCCAACCCGGCCACGGCACCAACCAACCAGUUCCAACCGGCCAGCCUGUCCUACCCGCCCUCGAGCACGAUCGACUUCCAGCAGCAGACGAACCUCCAGUAUCAACCGCUGACGUACGCCACCGAACAAUCCGCACCGCCCAUCCAGAUGUACUCGACCUUUCCCCAGCAACUGCCCCAACAGCAGCAACAGCCGGAUCCAGCGGCCGUCCCGCUGUUCCAGACGAGUGCCGUGACCACGCCCAUCUCCCUUCCAGGGAUGCCACCGAUUACGGUCAGUGCCACCAUCCAGGCGGAGGCCCUGCGGGGAUUGCAGUUUGGCGGCGGUAGCGGACCGGCCGUUCCCCAGCAGUAGGGUAAGGUAGUGGCGACGAUGACUAAAGCAAAUUGUAUAUAAAUCGUGUGCGGGGAUCGAGCGCAACGGAUUGGUAAAGUUGUGUAUUUUGCUCUGUUUCUAUCGUACUGUGCUUUUUUGUGUUUGAGCGAAAGUUUUUUCCCCUUUUUCCCGAUACAAACUCUUCUAAUUUAAAUAAAUUAAAGCAAAAAUAUCUGUUACGAUGGUAUCGAUGGUUCGCCGCUCCGGCGAGCAAUUUAUUUUUUUGUUUAUUUUAAUUUUAGCAAUGUCGGAAGAGUGGAGAAAUAAACGUUAAAUAAAAUCAAUGAUGAAAGUGCUACUGAGAAAACGGUUGAACUACUAUUACGAGAAGCUCUAAAUUUAUUAUAAAUCUAGCAAACUAUCCCACACUCUGAGAAAUAAGUAUAAGUGGCAUCAGCAUUUCGUACGUUAUUCAACACAAUAAAUUUAAAUAGUAUCAAAAUAAAUAACAAAUCUUUCAAAAGUUCGUUU